ACCGGCUGGAUAUAUAAGCGUUUCGCCAUUACUUUGCAACGAGCGUACCUCGUUGCGCAUCCGAUAACGUGUCCAAGUCCUUGGAGCCACUGCGGAAGAAGCGCUAUGCUUGGCAACGCAUUUCUCUUACUCCUUGUUGGCCUGGCGGUGGGUCAGCGACCUGAAUAUUACGACGGGCCUCCGCAGCCGUACACAUUCUCAUACGACAUCACAAACGAUUUCGGGACGCGUCUGAGCCAGACGGAGAGCGGGGACGCGAAUAACGUCAAGACGGGCACGUACUCUUAUUCAGAGGCGACUGGCAUCUACCGCAACGUGAACUACAUUGCCGACCAGGACGGUUUCCGGGUUACCAUCGACACCAACGAACCCGGCACCAAGACAUCGGCGCCAGCUGGUGUGGUCAUCAAUUCCCAGGCCGCCGAUGUCGCUCCACCUGCGACGCCCCUAACCAGCAGGCCAGCUGCCUUUGUUGCAGCCCCAGCGCCACGUCCGAGGGUUGUGGCACAGCCUUUCCCGCAGCCUGCACGAUUCGUCGCUCCCAUCCCUGUCGCGCGGUCGCCAACCUUUAGGCUGACACGGCCUGCUCCUCUGCGUGCAUUUCCAGCCCCGGCGGUCACAUCGUCUGCCUUCAAGCCUGGUGGUUCCCGAUCUUUUACGCUCGGCGGCAACCCGCCACU